GAAAGAAAGAAAGAAAGAUGUAGAAGAAGGGAAUCCACACAACACCCUUUAUUCAAUUAAUUCAUAAUGGAAUUCAAAAACCAACAAACCACAUCUUCAUCUCACCAUCACCUUCCUUUUCAAUAUUCCCUCAGACCCAGAACAGAUCCUCCUCCUCCUCCUCCUCCUCCUCCUCCUCUCAAUCUAGAUCCCGCCCCUGCUUCCCCAACCUCCACUCCGCUUCGAUACAGUCAAUGCUUGAAGAACCACGCCGUGAAGACUGGUGGCCAUGUGCUCGACGGCUGUGGCGAGUUUAUGCCCAGUGGGGAAGAUGGUACUCCUGAUAGCUUUAAGUGCGCCGCCUGCGAAUGCCACCGGAGUUUCCACCGGAGAGUAUUGGAAGAAGAAGAUAUAACCAACAACACCCGCCUUCACAUCCUUACUUCCGCGCCACCACAAUAUAAUACCCAAUUCAGCAAUGGAAACAACAAUAAUAAGCAGUACCCUGGGAGGACUCGUGUUGCUCCGAUGAUGAUGACGUUCGGGGGUUCAACGGAAGCCCCAGCAGAGUCGUCAAGCGACGGUGGUGCAGAAGCAUCGGGGAAGCAGAAGAAGCGGUGUAGGACAAAGUUCAGCGGAGAACAAAAGGGGAAGAUGAUGGAGUUGGCGAACAAGAUAGGGUGGAAGAUUCAGAAGGCUGAUGAGGAAGAAGUGCUUAAAUUUUGCAAUGAAAUUGGGGUAAAGAGACAAAAUUUUAAGGUAUGGAUGCACAACAACAAACAAUUACCACCUACCAACAACAAUUCAUCAGGAUAAGACUAGCUUAACUUUAUUUAUAUAUAUCUUCAUGUAUUAUUAUUGCAAUAUUAACAAAAGUUUCAUCAUGGAAAAUGCUAAAUUAACGUUAUUUAAUUUAAAAGUUAAUUGAUGGUUUUGAAAUAAUGAUUUUAGUGGAGAAUGAUAUGAACAUGUUCAGUACUUAGUUUGCAUCUGUUGUUGAAUAUAACAAGAAUCGUAAGAUAAACCUGUAAAGCUUUUUUGCAUUCUUCAA